UGACCCUUUGCGCAUGCGCGUACGACAACCCCUCAGUGCUAACUGGUGCUAUCACAGUUAGCGUAUAAGGAAGGAACCACAGGCCUCAGUAAAGUCACACUACGCCUAUUUGCUGCAGGUUUGAACAAAGACUUGAAACGCCGAUUUCUCUGAACCUGUCAAAAUGGUCAACGUACACAAAGGAGUUCUUGUUGAAUGUGAUCCUGCCAUGAAACAGUUCCUCCUCUACCUGGAUGAAAAAAUGGCCCUGGGAAAGAAGUUUAUCCUGAAGGACCUUGAUGAUACACACGUCUUUAUCCUGGCAGAGGUGGUUCAGACCCUGCAGGAGAGAGUUGGCGAGUUAAUGGACCAAAACUCAUUUACCAUCACGCAGAAAUAACACUCACCUCAAUAAAAGAAACUAUUUUUGAA